AUGCCUGUGUGCGUGGCAAUUUCCACUUGGUUUCUUUACCUCGCUGCGUUUUUUUUUGGUUACACUUCGGUGAGUGUGCUGUGCUUGGGUGUGUUGGGCUCAUGCAGAGUAGAGGGAACCAAAGACCAAAACCAGGCGCUGGAGAACGGCAAUGAGGCGGCAUGUGCCAACCAGCAGAGCCACGGCGGCAACGUUGUCUUGAGGCCUUCGUCGAGCCACGACGACGCUGCGACGGAGAUGGAGGCGAUGGCAGUAGAGGACCCGCAAGGUGCGCCCCCGGCAACUGGGGGUCAUUUGUCGGGGCCCAGAGAGGUGGCGGCUUCGAGGUGCUUCUUGGCGGUGUACUUGGGGCGACUGCGUGGGGCGGCGAAACNGGGCUCCCGGCCUUGCCUUGUCGCUCGACUUCCUUCCUACCUUCGUUUUCUCCACCGGCAUCAUGCUCCUGCUGGCGGUUGUCGAUGA